GGCGGCGGCGGCCAAGGGCCCCGCUGAAGCAGGGACCGACCGCCUCCUGGAGCUUUUCGGCUUUCCUGCAGCGCUCUCCUGGGCCCAGCUCGCCACUGCCGGCUGUCGUGGGGACUCGGAGAAGCCUUGGGGAGCAUCCCCGAAUUAGCUACCUCGGAUGGGGAUGUGGAAGCAGGAGGCGGAGCUACCUGGGCAGGGAAGGCCGAACUUGAGAGCGAGAAGCGGGGCGCAAAACUCCUCACUGGCGCUGUGGGUCCCCUGAGGCCUCCGAAAAACAGCCCUCGACCCACGAAAGUCACGCAGCUUUCCGGUGAGAGGGAAACUCCGAGGAGGCCCCCUCCGGGCUCUUCACCCCGGUCCUGCAACUUUUCUCCGCUUUCUGCUCGUUUAGCUCUCCUGCCCCGUGAAGGUGGCGGUGAGGAGAGCUCCUGCUUCCCCCUGGAAGCACAGAAGGAUAAUGGUUGGCACCCACAUCUCAAGGAUGGUCUUUGGAUCUUCCCUCGCCUUUUGAAGCUUUCCUUUCUCAAGCAACCUCCCCUCUCCGAAAAGAGGAAUUAUAAAUGCACGGGAGAAGACACGGGAAACUUAACAAGAGGCGGAAGAGAGUAGUGUCUUCUAGCGCCUCCGUGAGAACUGUAAUAGCCUCAACUACUUUUUCCCCCUUCUUCUUUUUCAUUGAAGUAAUGCCAUUGUGAUUUAAAGUGAGAUUUCUACAUCAUGCAGUUUGCUGGCCCAAAGACACUGAGAAGUACUCUGUCUUUUUGCACAUACCUCUCCUCCCUUGGCUUUUGAAAAAACUUGUGGACCGGGCUUUAAAUAAGAGAGCUUAUUAACAACGUUAUUUUUAACCAUUUGCUUACUGUGGAGAACUUGGUUAAUUGAUUCUCCUGUUGGCUUGACUUUUGUUAGGAAGAUUACUUGUUGCCUUGUGUGACUACCCAAGGUGGGGAUUAUUUAAUGAAUGAACAUUGUAGUCAGGGUGAAUGGCUGCUCUACUACUUCAAAUGCUUUUGGAAAUUAUUAUGCAAACUUGCUGAAAAAAGCUGAUAUUGCUGGGAAAAAUUGGUUUGUGACAAAUCUAUUUAAUCAAACAAGAUGAUGUGUGAAGUGAUGCCGACCAUCAGUGAGGCAGAGAUUCCCUCAGGGGGAAGUGGAAACCGUGGUUCAGGUUCUCCCCUACAGUCAGAUGCUGAUUCCCAUUUUGAGCAGUUAAUGGUAUCCAUGUUGGAGGAACGUGAUCGCCUCUUGGACACACUGCGGGAAACUCAAGAGACUCUUGCAUUAACCCAGGGUAAACUACAUGAAGUUGGUCAUGAGAGGGAUUCUCUACAACGACAGCUUAAUACUGCACUUCCUCAGGAGUUCGCAGCACUUACUAAAGAGCUUAAUGUAUGCAGAGAGCAACUCCUUGAAAGAGAAGAAGAAAUUGCAGAACUGAAAGCAGAAAGGAACAAUACAAGAUUACUACUAGAACAUUUGGAAUGCCUUGUCUCCCGGCAUGAGCGGUCUCUUAGAAUGACUGUAGUAAAAAGACAAGCUCAAUCUCCAGCAGGUGUUUCUAGUGAAGUUGAAGUUCUCAAAGCACUGAAGUCUCUGUUUGAACAUCACAAAGCCCUUGAUGAAAAGGUAAGAGAAAGAUUACGAGUAGCACUUGAAAGAUGUAGCUUGUUGGAGGAAGAACUAGGUACUACGCACAAAGAGUUAAUGAUUUUGAAAGAACAAAACAAUCAAAAAAGAACACAAGCUGAUGGAAUGCCUGAUAUUAAUCAUGAUCAGGAGAAUAUACCUAGCACUAAUGGGAAGAGAUCUUCCAAUGGCUCUCUGAAUCAUGAUGAAGAUCUUGCUAAAGUAAUAGAACUUCAAGAUGUCAUAGAAAAGCAAACUAAGGAGCAGUCACAAAUGAAAGAGAGGAUCACCGCCCUUUCUAACAGAGUAACAGAACUGGAAGAAGAUCUUGAUACUGCUAGAAAAGAUCUAAUAAAAUCUGAAGAAAUGAAUACCAAGUUGCAAAGAGAUGUACGAGAGGCAAUGGCUCAGAAGGAAGAUAUGGAAGAAAGAAUUACAACUCUUGAAAAACGCUACCUCGCUGCACAACGUGAAGCUACAUCUGUGCAUGAUCUCAAUGAUAAACUUGAAAAUGAAAUUGCUAAUAAAGAUUCAUUGCACCGACAGAGCGAAGAUAAGAAUAGGCAGUUACAAGAACGACUGGAACUGGCUGAACAAAAAUUGCAGCAAACUCUGAGAAAAGCUGAAACUCUGCCAGAGGUAGAGGCUGAGUUGGCUCAGAGAGUUGCUGCACUUACUAAGCUUGACUGUUUGCCUUCUCGGAAUUCUGCAACUAAAGAUGUUAAUCUGUUCGAAUAUACUUCCAAGUCUAGGAAGGCUGAAGAAAGACAUGGAAACAUUGAAGAACGAUUGAGACAAAUGGAAACACAGCUAGAAGAGAAAAAUCAAGAACUGCUAAGGGCUCGUCAAAGAGAAAAAAUGAAUGAAGAACAUAAUAAACGUUUAUCUGAUACAGUUGACAAACUUUUAUCUGAAUCUAAUGAGAGACUUCAGCUUCACCUUAAAGAAAGAAUGGCAGCUCUGGAAGAUAAAAAUUCCCUUCUCCGUGAAAUUGAAAGUGCCAAGAAACAAGUGGAGGAGCUUCAAAAUGAAAAGGAUCAGCUGGUAGUAAACAUUGAAGCAAUAAGAGCUGAAAAUGAUCAAAUGAGGAUCAGAGCUCCUCCUCUUCAUCAUAGUAGGCCGCAUUUAGGUAGUGUACCAGAUUUUAGAUAUCCACUGGCACCUUCAGUUAUAGCAGACAAUCAGACAGAUUCCUAUAGCACCUCAGUUCUAAGGCGUCCACAAAAAGGACGUUUAGCAGCUCUGCGAGAUGAGCCUUCAAGGGUUCAGACUCUUAAUGAACAAGAUUGGGAACGUGCACAACAAGCAAGUGUGUUGGCAAAUGUUGCACAAGCCUUUGAGAGUGAUGCUGAUAUCUCAGAUGGUGAGGAUGACACAGAAACUAUAUUCAGCUCAGUUGAUCUCUUGUCACCUAGUGGUCAGGCAGAUGCCCAGACCUUAGCCAUGAUGCUUCAGGAGCAAUUGGAUGCCAUCAACAAAGAAAUUAGAUUGAUCCAAGAAGAAAAGGAAAACACUGAGCAGAGAGCAGAGGAGAUAGAAAGUCGUGUUGAUGGUGGGAAUUUAGACAAUCUUGGUCGAUUUCGAUCGAUGAACUCUAUCCCACCUCCCUUUCCUGGUGGGAACCUUUCUGGCUCUUCUCCACCAGGUAGUGGACUUUCUACUCCCCGAAGAAUGCCACACAGUCCUGCUCGAGAAGUGGACAGACUAGGAAUUAUGACACUAUCUCCAGUUUCUAGAGAAGAAGUUAGAGAUGACAAAGCUACAAUAAAAUGUGAGACCUCACCACCAUCUUCACCUCGAUCACUGCAUUUGGAUAAAUCUUACAAAGGAGCUUUGCAUACAGUCAGCCAGGAAGAUAUAAGAGAUCUUCGAAAUUCCACAGGCUCUCAAGAUGGACAAGUAAGCAAUCCCAGUAGCAGUAAUAGCAGCCAAGAUUCCCUCCACAAAGCUCCUAAAAAGAAGGGGAUCAAAUCCUCGAUUGGCCGCCUGUUUGGUAAGAAAGAAAAGGGUCGAUCUGGACAGAUGAACAAAGAGAUCUUGGGACAAGUUAAUGUAUUAGAAGCAGAAAGUUCAACUCAGGAUGGUUUGGGGCUUGGAAAACUUGGAGGACAAGCAGAAAAAAAUAGAAAACUGCAAAAAAAGCAUGAACUUCUCGAAGAAGCUCGGAGGCAAGGUCUGCCUUUUGCACAAUGGGAUGGUCCCACUGUGGUUGUCUGGUUAGAGUUGUGGGUUGGGAUGCCAGCUUGGUAUGUGGCUGCUUGCCGUGCAAAUGUGAAAAGUGGUGCUAUAAUGUCAGCCUUAUCUGAUACUGAAAUACAGCGUGAAAUUGGAAUCAGCAAUCCUUUACAUAGGUUAAAACUGAGACUUGCCAUACAAGAAAUUAUGUCACUAACAAGUCCAUCUGCUCCUCCUACAUCAAGAACGACUACAGGAAAUGUCUGGGUAACGCAUGAAGAAAUGGAAAAUCUUACAUCUACACCACAAACGGAAGAUGAGGAAGGAAGCUGGGCUCAGACUUUAGCCUAUGGUGAUAUGAACCACGAAUGGAUUGGCAAUGAAUGGCUUCCUAGUUUGGGGCUCCCUCAGUAUCGCAGUUACUUUAUGGAAUGUCUUGUUGAUGCUAGAAUGUUGGACCACUUAACUAAAAAAGAUCUUCGUGGUCAACUUAAAAUGGUAGACAGUUUUCACAGAAAUAGCUUCCAGUGUGGUAUCAUGUGUCUCCGAAGAUUAAAUUAUGACCGAAAGGAACUUGAAAGAAGGAGAGAAGGAAGUCUGAAUGAAAUUAAAGAUGUCCUUGUCUGGAGCAAUGACAGGAUGAUUCACUGGGUGGUGUCAAUUGGUCUUAAAGAAUAUGCAAAUAACCUUAUAGAAAGUGGAGUUCAUGGUGCACUUCUGGCCUUAGAUGAAACUUUUGAUCACAAUGCAUUAGCUCUUUCUUUACAAAUACCCACUCAGAAUACACAGGCUCGUGCUGUAUUGGAAAGGGAAUUUAAUAACCUUCUUGUGAUGGGCACAGACAGGAAGUUUGAAGAGGAUGAUGAUAAAAGCUUUAGACGCGCACCUUCAUGGAGAAAGAAGUUCAGACCAAAGGACAUAAGAGGUUUGGCUGCUGGAUCAGCAGAGACCCUCCCUGCAAAUUUUAGAGUUACCACCUCAAUGUCUUCACCUUCUAUGCAACCAAAGAAGAUGCAGAUUGAUGGCAAUGUAUCAGCAACACAAAGAUUGGAUUCUGCUACAGUAAGAACUUAUUCAUGUUAAAGACUUUCAUUGUUUAUCCUCACUAUUUCUACAGAUGAUCUGAACCAUUUUGAACUCAAUGACCAUAUUUUGGAAACAACCGAAAUCUUUAAUCUGUUAAUACUUGUUAAAUCAACACUUUGAAAUAUUUUAUUACAGAGUUUUUAAUUAGCAGGUAAAUUUGUGAGUACUAUAAAGAAAGUAUUUUAGAUUAAAUGUUUCUUAUAGUUAUGUGGGUGUAUGUGUGCCCCAUUCCUUAAUUUUCUGUUAGUAUUGUCUGUCAAUCAAGUUAUUACUAUAUGUUAAUUUUAGUAUUUUUCAUCUGAAUGUACUGUAAUGCUUGUAUGUAUCUGUCCUAUAAGUAAUAUAGGGCUUUUUGUAAAUUAUGCAGUUAUUGUAAUUAUCAGUAAUGGAUUUUAAUAAAGUGAAGGUGAAAAGAAUUUCACAAUCUUUGUAAAAACAUCAUGACACCAAGCAGUAUAUAUAUAUUGCCGUUUGGAAAAUGCUAGCUAGCUCUAAAAAUUUAAAUAAUUCCUUUUUUUCAGAGAGGCAUAUGUUUAUUAACCAAGCAGGCAUGGUACCUGAUUCCAUUUCCGUUCAGAACUGUACCUUUUACACAUAACAUUUGAUUAUUUAGUGUGUAUUCUUAUUUAAGGCUUUUGUUUAGUAUAAUUUGCUUUACAUUCUAAAAUGUGGGAAUUUUUAGGACACUAUGAAACAUGUGAGACCUAGUGUGGUCAUUUAUAACUACUUUUUGUGGCUGUAUUUGUACAGUCUAUGUUCAUUGAUUGAGCAUAAGCAAGCCAUAAGUGGAAAUAUUUUCUGUUAACCAAGAAUAGCUACUAAGAGUACUUGACAUGCAACGAAGAGUGCUCCCUUUCUGUGUUUUGAUGUGAAAAUGUUUGUGAAAAGACAUUGAUGCAGUUCUUUUAAUGGACCAAUCAUGAUGCACUGUGGCCUCUUGACAAAGAUGCUGAGAGCAUGACAAGUGGAGGCAUGUAGUAGUGCAACUAUUAAAAAGGCCUUACUUUUCUUAUGUCAUCUUUUAGAUAUAUUUAUAAACUUGUUUUAAAAUCUGGACAGACUUUUUAGUUGUUAAUAGUUUUAGUCAUUGCAAACAGUAUAGGUAGAAAAUGCAUCAUUCACUUUUAAAAAGCAUCUUAUGAAGCCAGCAAGGAGGAGGUUCAUGGCGCAUUAUUUAUUAUGCAAUAAUAUACAUGGCAUGUCUUUUUUCUGUUUUUGGUUUUGGCUCUUUUUUAAUUGUACAACUUAAAUUCAUUGUUACUAUUUUUUCUAUUAACCUUAUAUGUACCUUGGAUAAUGUAACAAAUUAUGUACAGUCUAAGUACUUUGAACUAUUUUUAUCACAGUAUUAUUUAUUGCUUUCUUUCAAUAAAUUUCUAAAGCAUUUUUUUCCACUGCCAAUAAAAUGCUGUUAUCUUGUGAAAAGGCUUGAGGUGUUUUAAAGU